UAAGGGUUGUUAUUUUUUUUUCGUUUAAGCAAGUAAUGAUAAUUAUUAUGAUUGUUAGUGUAUUUGGCAUACGGGCCAUUCAUACGGCGUAACGCUACAGCCACAAAGGAAGGCGCUAUGUCUCACAGAUGGGUGUUGUAGGCCAGUAAGGAACGUUGUUGCUACGUGGUUUUCCACAAUGAAGUAACUGCUGCUUGACAUAAUUAGCCCAGAAGGCCGAUAGGCUAAUGUACAGUACUGAAAUAUUAGAGUUUUUGGGGGGAAAUAAAACAGUUCCGUUUUAUUUUAUCACCGUUUUUUACUGAUUAUCAUAGUCUAUAAAGACCGAAAAUGCACGAAAAGAUUUUGUAUAAGCAAAACUUAUGGCGUUCAGUUUACAAUUGCAUGUGGAGGACAUUGACGACAGGUUGGGGUAAGCAACUUCGAAGUUGGGAAUGGAAUGUGGCAACAAGUGUUAAAUGUGCUAUCAGGAAGAGGAGAUAGUGAUGGGUGGGACACAUUGUGUGCAGGGUGGAGGAGGAGGUGAGCAACUUGGCGGUUGGGAAUAGGAGGAUGUAGUGAUGGGUGGGAUGCGUGUCUAGGCUGGUGGAGGGCAGUUCACCGAGACGGGCAUUGGAGUAGCACCCAGAGGUCAGCGAUCAAAGGGAAGAGAAGACCUAAAGCCAAGCGAUGGUGGUGGCGAUAUCGUAAGAGGGGUCCUUGACAGACGUGUCGACUGUGUCACAAAACUGCCUCAAGCAGUGUGCCCGAGUGUUGUGACAUCGCGGUGCCGCCCGGAGCACACGGAGGGGCGCGCUCUGUCUCCACCACGAGCGCCUCUCAUGAGCACCGCCAGCAGCAGCUUCAGCAACAGCAGCAGCAACAGCAGCAGCAGCCGUCGCUCAUGUUCGGCACAUCACGCGAACAGCAGCAGCAGCAGCAGGGGGGCUCGGCACCCACAGCAGGAGCAAGGGACACGGUUCUGUAUGGGCAACUCAUUGUGCUGGGACACAAUGGCUGUCUCCCCCUGGGCGACAAGGGGCGCAGACGGAGUCGGUUUAACCUGUACCGCAGGUCAAAGGCCAACGGGGUCAAGCCCAGCACGAUGCACGUGACCCCAACCCCCCAGGCGGCCAAGGCCGUGAGCAGCAAGGAGCUGCACAGCGUGUCGUACACGCUGUCACGCAGCCAGACUGUCGUGGUGGAGUACGCGCACGACAAGGACACGGACAUGUUCCAGAUCGGCCGCUCAACCGAGGGCCCCAUCGACUUCGUGGUCACGGACACGCCGGCGGGCAAUGGUGGUGGGGGGGUCGGUGCAGGUGGCCCCUCCACGGGGGGCGGCCCCGGCGGAGGGGGAGGGGAGGACGCGCACCUGGCAGCUCAGAGUACGAUCUCGCGCUUCGCAUGCCGCAUGGUCUGCGCGCGCACCGCGCCGCACAGUGCGCGCAUCUACGCGGCCGGCUUCGAUUCUUCACGCAACAUCUUCCUCGGGGAGAAGGCCGCCAAGUGGAAGAGCGUGGCAGGCCAGAUGGACGGCCUCACCACCAACGGCGUGCUCGUCAUGACGCCGCGGCAAUCGCCGCCGCACACUGGGGCCCCCGAGGGCGCCGGCGAGCCGAGCCCCGGCACAUGGCGCGAGAUCUCAGUGUGCGGCAAUGUCUACUCGCUGCGCGAGACACGCUCCGCACAGCUGCGCGGACACCUGGUGGACUCGGAGACCAACGUGCUGCGCGACGGCUCCCUCGUGGACCUGUGCGGCGCCACGCUGCUGUGGCGCACGGCCGAGGGGCUGGCGCGCGCCCCAACUCUGCGUGAUAUCGACGCGCUCCGCCAGGAAAUCAACGCGGCGCGACCGCAGUGCCCCGUCGGCCUCAACACCCUCGCCUUCCCCAGCUUCCGGCGCCGCCCUGGCCCCACUGCCAGCGGUGGAUCCACGGCCAGCGGCGGCCCCGCCAGCUGCACCGCGGCGGCAACAGCAGCAGCAACAUCUGGAACAACCGCAACAACUGCAGCAUCAGCGGCGGGAUCCACUGUGGCUAACGGAACCAGCGGUGGUGUCGGUGAUGAGGACCGGCAGCCGUGGGCUUACUUGGCGUGUGGACACGUGCACGGGCGGCAUGAGUGGGGCCUCCGCGGCGGCGGCAUCGGCAACGUCACCGGCGGCGCCGGCAGCAACGGUGGCGCAAUGGAAGCCGGACGCGAGUGCCCGAUGUGCCGGGCCGUGGGGCCCUACGUGGCGCUGUCACUGGGCCGCGAGCCAGCGUUCUACGUGGACGCGGGCCGGCCGGCGCACGCGCUCUCGCCUUGUGGACACGUGUGCUCCGAGAAGACGGCACGGUACUGGGCGCGUGUGUCGCUUCCGCAUGGAACCCACGCCUUCCAUGCGGCGUGCCCGUUCUGCGGCACGGCGCUCAGCGAGGGCGAACGUGCCAGCGUCAGGCUCAUCUUCCAGGGCCCUCUCGACUGACGCGUGCGGCCCUUGCCGGGAUGCACCUCCGCCACCUCUUCCCCGCGAUGGGCUCUAACGCUGACGAAACGUCCAGAUUCGAGCUCCCCUCCACUCUCCAACCCCCCCGACCCCGGCACCCAUGAAUAGGGGGCCAACCUAUGAAGGGGCACCAAGUCUGAUGGCAGUCCGAGCGGCGCGUGCGUCAUUUCCCAUAGGGCUUAAAGCUUUCUGAACAGCCUCCCAGUUUUUUCUGGAACGAGUCCUAGUGGUUAGUUUCAGUGAGAUUGUUCACGCAGUGUCAUCCACCAAGGCAUUUGCUGAAAUCUAUAUUUUUUUAUUUAGUUGGGCGAGGUUAUCUGAGCAGUGGGAAGAGCCAACUCCGAUCCUCUGAGCCUCAUGUAACCUCGUAUUUCCGCGAUUGAUAAUUUGCCCGUUAAAAUGAAAAUUAGGUUUUUACGCACUGCAC